AUGCACGGAGGUGUGCGGGAAGGCAGUUGGGGGCGAUCAUGCUCCAAAAUAUGCUUGGUCCGUGUAUACCCUGCAAGUCAACGAGAGAAAGCUGUUAAAGCAUAUGCUGUCCUCGAUGAGCAGAGUAACAGGUCGCUGGCCAAGAGUGAGCUAUUUGACCUGUUUGGCAUUGGAUCAGGUGCCACUCCUUACACCCUUAAAACAUGUGCAGGGGUCAUGGAAACAUCAGGAAGACGCGCAAAUAAUCUUAUUGUAGAGUCAAUAGAUGGCAGUGUACAGAUCCCACUGCCAACAUUAAUUGAGUGUGAUAUGAUGCCCGAUGACCGUGCAGAGAUCCCCUCAGCAGAAAUAGCACAUCAUUAUCCGCACCUCAAGCCAGUGGUAGAUAAAAUACCAGCUAUUGAUCCUGAGGCAGAUAUUGUCAUUCUUCUCGGCAGAGACAUCCUACGUGUACACAAAGUACGUAGACAGUACAAUGGACCCAAAAAUGCACCAUAUGCUCAGAAAUUGGACCUCGGCUGGGUCAUUGUCGGAGACGUAUGUCUAAAGGGAGUCCACAAGCCAAGCAGCAUUAAUGUCUAUAGGACCAAUGUCCUACCUAAUGGACGGACGUCGUUCCUGAGUCCAUGUACAAGUGUUAUUCAUGUGAAAGAAAAUUUCGACAAGAACACACCAAGGUCACGUAAAGAGACAGGUCUCCUGGAAGAUGACACUGAUGAACUUGGAAGCAACAUAUUUGAGAGGACAAAGGAGGAUGAAAAAAUAGCAUGGUCUAUUGAUGACAAAGCCUUCCUUGAGAUCAUGGACAACAAUGUCUACAUGAAUGAUGCUAACACCUGGGUAGCACCCUUACCAUUCCGUUUCCCAAGACAAUGUCUGCCGAACAAUAGAGAGCAAGCAGCAAAACGACUGCCAUCUCUAUGUCGCACACUGGAAAGAAAGCCAGUUAUGAAAGAACAAUACACAGAGUUCAUGCAGAAAAUCUUUGAGUCAGGACAAGCAGAGCUAGCUCCACCAUUGAAGGAGAAGCAAGAGUGCUGGUACUUACCAACCUUUGGUGUCUAUCACCCUCAAAAGCUGGAUCAAAUACGCGUGGUGUUUGAUUCUAGUGCUAAACACGGAGGUAUUUCCCUCAACGACGUCCUCUUGAAAGGACCAGACCUGAAUAAUACCCUUCUUGGAGUCCUUAUUCGCUUCCGCAGAGAGCCGGUUGCAGUGUCCACCGACAUACAGCAGAUGUUUUACUGUUUCACAGUCUGGAAAGAACACCGUGACUUUCUAAGAUUCUUGUGGUUCGAAGACAACGACUUCACAAAACCAGUGACUGAAUACCGAAUGACGGUGCAUGUGUUCGGUAACAGCCCUUCGCCAGCUGUGGCCAUUUAUGGCUUGAGAAGGGCAGCUGAAGAGGGAGAGAGAGAACAUGGUACAGAUGCCAAGCAGUUCAUAAUGAGGAUUUUCUAUGUAGAUGAUGGGCUUGCAUCAUUCUCCAAUGCUGAGGAAACCAUCACCGUACUGUCAAAUGCAAGGGAGAUGUUGGCAGAGUCAAGCACCAUGCUACAUAAGAUAGCAUCUAACAGCAACACUGUUUUGGAUGCUUUCCCCCCAAAAGACCUUGCAAAAGGCCUUAAGGAUCUCGACCUGACAUCUGAUCCACUACCACUCCAACGCAGUUUAGGCCUCAGAUGGGACCUUCAAACAGACAGUUUCUCCUUCUGUGUGUCUGACAAAGAAAAGCCAUUUACAAGAAGGGGAAUCCUUUCAGUGGUCAACAGUCUCUAUGAUCCCUUGGGGUUCGUGGCACCUGUCACAGUUCAGGGCAAGGCUCUCGUGAGAGAUGUCUCCACAGAAGAGUAUGAUUGGGACACUCCGUUACCAGAAGACAAAGCAACCCAGUGGAAUGACUGGAAAGAUUCCUUGAAGGAACUUAUGCAGCUCCAGAUCCAGAGAACCUACAUCUCUGUUUCUCUGCUCGCCACAGUAUACAGAGAGAUUUGUGUGUUCUCAGAUGCAUCAACUAUGGCUAUAUCAGCUGUAGCAUACCUCAGGGCAAUCGAUACAGAAGGACACAGCCAUGUCGGGUUUAUCAUGGGGAAAUCCAAGCUGGCUCCACGUCCUGCUCACACUGUCCCUCGUUUGGAAUUGUGUGCAGCCGUCUUGGCAGUGGAAAUUGCAGAGACGAUAAUGGAUGACAUCGAUGUAGAGAUUCACAAAGUCAAGUUCUACACAGACAGCAAGAUCGUACUGGGCUACAUACAUAAUGCGUCCAGAAACUUCUAUGUCUACGUGGCAAACAGAGUGACAAGAAUAAGAAGGUCCUCUACCCCAGAGCAAUGGCACUACAUCAACACCAAACUUAAUCCUGCAGAUCACGGAUCUAGGUCUGUCUCAGCGGCUCUCCUACCAGAUACCAACUGGCUGACAGGUCCAGCUUUUCUAAGAAAUCCAGAAGUAGAUGAAGUUCCACAGCCAGAGGCAUUUAACCUUCUGCAUCCUGAGACUGAUGUAGAAGUUCGCCCUCAAGUUUCAACCUAUGCUACGAAAGCCACAAGUGGACUUAUUGGCUCUUACCGGUUUAAAAGAUUCUCCAGCUGGAAAUCUCAUACUCGAGCAAUAGCCAAGCUUGUCCAAAAGGCUAGAGUCUUCUGGAAAACUUCAGACGAUAUCCAGAAAAAAGAUGAACUCCGUCAAGCAAGACUGGUCAUAUUGAAAACAACACAACAAGAUGUGUACAAAGAGGAAAUGAAAAGCCUAGCAAAGGGUGAAGAGUUGUCUCGACACAGUCCGCUCAAGAGUUUGGAUCCCAUAUUUGACAAUGAAGGAUUGCUGAGAGUCGGAUGUAGGAAUUCAUCAGCAGACAUGACCUGGGAAGAAAAGCAUCCGAUCAUUCUUCCAAAAGACAAUCACAUAUCUACCUUGUUGGUACGAUACUACCAGGAAUGAGUGGCCCACCGGCAUCAUUGAGGAAACCUUCCCCAGCCGUGACGGAAUGAUUCGAAAAGUGAAUGUGAAGGUCAUCAAACAGGGUACCCCUAAGGUUUAUUCCAGACCCGUUUCAGAGGUCGUACUGCUCCUCAGUAAAAAGACAUAGUGGUAUCUUAAAAUACCAGACGGGGAGUGUUAUGCCCCACAAUGCUAUUUUCUAAGACACCUAGUGGUGGAAAUCAGUUUGCAGUUUGUGUUCUAUUUUGACCCUCCUGUUUUGCCGUAGUCAGCUUAGUGAGGGUGUGUUUCAGAGAGCAGUAGAGAACAGUUGAGAGCAGAUGUCAAACAAACAGGACGUACUGCAGGCUUUAAGCUUUCUUUUCGACUUUGAAGACUUUGAAGGUCUAAACCUGACCAGGGACAGACGUUGGUGCCAUGCCUGAGGAGACCACCUGUGACAAGGCUUCGCUCAAUAGAGUUUUAGUCAACUGUUGAGUCCGGGGACUUGCUGAGAGAGUGAUGGAAGGCUUGGUUCAAAUAAGGAGAACUGUGUUUUUACUUAAAACAUUUGAACAAAAUUGACGAUAUCUUGCAAGCUUCCCGAGAAUGACAGCUAUUCAUUUCCCACGAAAUAUGAGGACUAGAAAGUGAAAUUGUUUUUAAGGCACAACGUAAAAUAUUUACUGAUUUACCAGUGUACAGAAGCCCAGAAAAAAGAGAGUACCACUCAAAUGAAUGUUUUUAUGGUGUCAUUUUUUAAAAAAAUCCGAAAAUAGUACAUUUUUCCUAAAAAAUCACCUCAUUUACCCUAACACAGGAAUAACUUAUAAAUAAAUAAUAUAACAGUGUAAAAUGUAUAU